AUGAGUGCCAGGAGUGUGAGGAAAGACUCCCUGGGAAGGGUGACCUCAACAAAAGCACCCACGCACUCGGGUGAAAGAAAUCAUGAAUCUCAAGGUUGUAGGAAAAGAUUGGGUGGGAAGGAUCACCUCAACACACACACCCUUACACACACUGGAGGAAAAAAACAUGGAUGUGAAGUUUGUGGGAAAAGUUUCCAUCUGAAGGGUGACCUCAAGAGACACACCCUUACACACACUGGUGAAAGAAAUCAUAAAUGUGAAGUUUGUGGGAAAAAGUUCAGUUUGAAGUGUAACCUCCAGACACACACUCUUAUGCACACUGGUGAAAGAAAACAUAAAUGUGAAGUUUGUGGGAAAAAGUUCAGUUUGAAGUGUAACCUCCAGACACACACCCUUACACACACUGGUGAAAGAAAACAUAAAUGUGAAGUUUGUGGGAAAAGAUUCACUCUGAAGGGUAACCUCCAGACACACACCCUUACACACACUCGUGAAAGAAAACAUAAAUGUGAAGUUUGUGGGAAAAGAUUCACUCUGAAGGGUAACCUCCAGACACACACCCUUACACACACUGGUGAAAGGAACCAUAAAUGUGAAGUUUGUGGGAAAAGAUUUAAUCGGAUGGAUAGCCUCCAGACACACACCCUUACACACACUGGUGAAAGGAACCAUAAAUGUGAAGUUUGUGGGAAAAGAUUCACUCAGAAGGGUAGCCUCCAGACACACACCCUUACACACACUGGUGAAAGGAACCAUAAAUGUGAAGUUUGUGGGAAAAGAUUCACUCAGAAGGGUGACCUCAAGAAACACACCCUUACACACACUGGUGAAAGGAACCAUAAAUGUGAAGUUUGUGGGAAAAGAUUCACUCAGAAGGGUAGCCUCCAGACACACACCCUUACACACACUGGUGAAAAAAACCAUGAGUGUGAAGUUUGUGGGAAAAGAUUCCUUGUGAAGUCAUGGCUGAAGAGACAUGGCAUAAGACACUGUGGCCACAAAGGGUUCCAGUGUGAUGCUUGUGGCAAGCGAUUUAUGACAAGAGGUGAGAUUGCGAGACACGUGAAGAUUCACCUCUGAGGUGUUGUGUUGUGCUGCUGUGUGUGGGAGAGAGCAGGUGCUGGAUGGGGCGUUGUCUUGCAUGGAGAACAGAACACAUGGCCCAGAUAGGGAAUCAAAGGCAGGUUGCAGAGUGUCUGCAAUUUUGAAAAUUCAAGAAGUGUGUGUGUGUGUGUGUGUGUGUGUGUGUGUGUGUGUGUGUGUGUGUGUGUGUGUGUGUGUUUACCUAGUUGUAAUUUUACAAGGCCUGGGCUUACGCUCGUGUGGUCCCGUCUCCAUAUCUGUAUUUGUCCAGCUUUUCCUUAAAGUUGUGCACACUCUUUGCUGAUACUACAUCAUCACUUAGUCUGUUCCAAACCUCUAUGUUUCUUUGCAGGAAGCUAUAUUUUUUUACGUCUCAAGUAUCUUCCUUUUCUCAAUUUAUUACUGUGUCCUCGUGUGUUGCUGGUGUUUCUUCCUUCUCUUCGUAGCAACUCCACAUUAUCUGCUUCUUCCAUUUUAUUCCACAAUUUGUAAAUUAGUAUUAGGUCUCCCCUUUCUCUUCUUUGUUCCAGUGUUGGCAGGUCCAUUUCCCUUAACCUUUCUUCAUAUGACAAUCCCUCCAGUUCUGGAACCAUCUUUGUUGCCAUCCUUUGUAUUCUUUCUAGUUUUUUCUCGUGUUUCUUCUCAUGCGGAGACCACACAGUUUCUGCAUAUUCCAGCUUUGGUCUAAUCAUAGUGGUAAUCAUCUUUUUCAUCAUAUCUUUAUCCAUGUAGUGGAAUGCUAUUCCUAUAUAUCUCACCAUUCUAUACAUAUCUCAGAAUAUCAUAUUUACAUGACUCUCUGACUUGAUUAUUUUGUAUUAUCACUCCCAGAUCUCUCUUCUUGAACUUUUAAUAUUUCUCCAUCUCCCAUUCUACAUGUCCAUUUUGGUCUCCCUUCACUCUUUCCCAUUUCCAUUACAUGACAUUUCUUCACAUUGAAUUUCGUCUCCCAUUUCUUACUCCAGUCCCAAACCUUAUUCAGGUCCUCUUGCAGAAUUUCAGUCUUUACUAUUUCUUAUGUGUCUCAGCAGCUUUGCAUCGUCUGCAAACAAGGUCAUGUAACUCUUUACUUUCUUCGGCAUGUCAUUUAUAUAUACUAGGAAAAGUAUUGGUGACAGUACUGAUCCUUGAGGCACCCCACUAUCUACAUUUCUCCAUUCCGAUUUCAUGUCCUUUACCACUGUUCUCAUUUCUCUUCCCUUUAAGUAACUUUACAACCAGUUUUUCAUUUUCCCUUUCAGUCCUCUAUUUUCCAGCUUCCAUAAUAGUCUUGUAUGUGGAUUUUUGUCAAAAACCUUCUUCAAGUCCAAAUACAUGCAACCUACCCACCCGUCCCUCUCCUGUGUUAUGUCCAUCACUCUCGAGUAAAAGCUCAAUAAGUUUGUUACACAUGAAAACCCUUGUCUAAAGCCAUACUUUUUUUUCUGUAAUUAUAUUGUUUUACAUUUGUUUGUGUGUGUGUGUGUGUGUGUGUGUGUGUGUGUGUGUGUGUGUGUGUGUGUGUGUGUGUGUUACUUGUACCCACACCAGGGGUUGGUGGCCUGGUUUGCCUGACACCAUGCUAGGUGUGGAGCUCUUCCCCAGGCACUGUUGGCAAAGUGUUCUGGGUCUGGGUGUGCCUGGCAAGGGCCAUUACUUGAAAUGUUUGGGGCAGACAUGGGAAGGUUUUGUUCCUCUCCAUCCCACACUUCUUUUUACAUUUGUUUCCCAUGAUUGUUGUCUCCUUGGCUGUGUCUUUGGGGUGGAAGUGUUGCCCUGCCCUUCAGCCUGUUCAUACAUGGCUGUCUGUCUAUAGUUUCUUCCAUGAAUAAGACAAAGUCGGCAGGAGCACAUGUGUGUGCCGGCAUGUUCUUCACAUCAGCAUUUCACAUUCCAAGUCCCCGCGCUGAGUCACGUGGUGUGUUCGUGCGUCUGGCACAAGGAGACUCUAAUAUAGCCUCCUUGGUCUGGCAGCAACCCGGCCAUUUAGCGGGUAUCAGACUCAUUAUAUAUGUAUAUUUUCAUUACAAAAAACAGGUGAUGUCACUUCUGACUUUGUGAGCUCUCAUGUUUAUCCAUUCCCCUAUGUUUCAUGGAGGCAUAACUUGCAUUAUUACGUUCACUUUGACUGGGGCCAGAGCUGUUGUGAGUGUCUGUUAAUCUGGAAACUCCCUCCUUUGUGUGAAUCAUAAGCCACAGAAAUGUUGCCAGUGUGUGUGUGUGUGUGUGUGUGUGUGUGUGUGUGUGUGUGAAUAUAUACAGAGAUCAGCACACCCUUUGCCCACACCACCUCAGCCCUCCUCGGCACGCUCCACAAGUCCUGCACCCACACAUUCCCGUCACCUCCUCGUUUGAUGCCAGCCUCACAGUAUCAUCUGCAAACAGACCUGCUGCUUGUUUGCCAAUGAAUGCAACUAGUACAACUGGCAGAUGUGACCCAUCCAUGAGUAAGGAUUGUGGGUGUACAAAAUUAAGUAUAGUUCUGUGUUUCCAGCUCAAUAUUUCUCCUGCAUCACUCUGGUAAUGAAUUUGGCAUCAGUAACUCCUCAGUACAAAAAUAAAGUAAAUGUCCCUCUU